GUGGCGCUGUGUCGUUCGUUCGUUUGUUUAGUUGACGAUGUUGUCGAAGAAGCGUAAGUUCGAGUCGCCUGCGACUGCUGCGGCAGCGGGCGGCGAUAGCGACGAGUUUGAGCCGCUCCCAACCAUCGGCCGCCAACGAAUCGAUGAAGCGCUCAAGGAGGCCGACGAAUCGCUGGCGACGAUUGAGCAGAACGCCAAGCAGAUGAGGAGAAAGCUGCGCGAGCAAGCAGCGAUGAUUCGCGGGCUUAUCACGAGCAGUGGAGGGCAGCUGAUGGUGACGGGGCGACUGGAUGAUGAGAUAGAGAUCAAAGUGGGCGGGACGGUGCUGUGUGUGCCGCGCAAGCCGCUGCUGCUGCCCGGCGUGAGUGAGAGCAUCAUCGCAUAUCUGCUGCUGUACCAUCUGGAGGGGCUGCCGAAGGACACGGAGGGGCGGCCCUUCCUCGAUGCUGACCCUGUGUACACAGAUUGGUGAGCUAAGCGAAAGAAACAAGGAAGAAUGGGCCUGCCAAUCUGAUGCUUGCUGUGUGUCUGUGUCAGGUUGUUUGACGAGAUCGCUAAGGUCGGCUCUGCUGAUGCGCAGCGCGAGACUCAUGAGAUCGUCCUGGCCCCCCCACACGACACCGACAGCUCGUCGCUCUUCUGGCACUCACUCCUCUUCGCGUCCAAGACCGGCCUCGACAUCCACAUGCCCGCAGCCGCACCCUCGCCAGACGGUGACGACCAUGACAACAUGCAUGUGGACGAGGCACAGCAGCUUGAGGGCGGGGAGGCGGCCGAGGGUGGUGAGAAGGGUGACGCAGUCGACGGCAUGGCGGCACUCAGCAAGAGCAUCGCAAGCCUGGAUGCGUCAGUGGGUCGGCUGGGCGCGGCCGAGGACCGCUUGAUGCAGUUCUCCAAGCUCGUGAAGCCGCUGCUGGCGUCGGGGGUGGGGCAGGGGGAUGAGAUAAGGAGCGUGCGUGUUCGGGGCAAGACAGUGUCGACCACCGAGGCCACACUGUCGCAUGCUGGCCGCGACAAAUGACUCUACACGACAUUCCACGAGUGGGGACACAACACCGAUCGAACAGACGGGAGAAGCUGCAUGGCCGCUCUCAUGUUCUCUCUCUGUUUUGCAGCGGUGCGGCUGUCCAGAGUACUUCAUCUGAGCAUCUCUUCAGAGUGGUCGACUUUGCCCGGAGAAAGCGCAUCACACAGCCCGACUGCCUCGUCAUGCCGCCGGCGGCAAGCAACGCCAAGCAGAUGCAGGUCGACACCGAGAUGUAUGGGUUGAAGCACGAGCCCUUCUGCAGCGGCCUGGCGGGGGGCGACUUGGUGAUCGAGACGGCCGAGGAGUGGGACGAGGUGCUGAAGAUGACGGGCAAGACCUCGCCUAUGCCGUCACUCCUAUACAAGUAUGCGAGCACUCAUACGUGUGCGGUCACGGACAACAACUACACCUGGCAGACACCGUCUUUGUGUGUAUUGCUCCUGUGCCAUCCAUCCCUCAGGGGCAGUCGCGACACGUAUGCGUUUCCCAAGCUGCUCCAGUGUGUGGCGGGCAAGAGCGGUCUGCUCUUUGCCCUCCAAGAUGGCGACACGCACCGAUUCGGCACCUUCAUCGACGGCCAGAUCGUACCCCCUGCUGACCCCACACAGACGACCGGCAACUACAAGGUGCCCCUCUUCUUCUACUCGCUGUCGGGUGCGUACGACGCGCCGACCAAGAUCGAGCUGCCCGAGGAGAGGCAGAUGGUGGAGGUGGCCGGCACACGGGGGGCGGUCAAGGCCAAGAACGUGGACAGGCAUGGGAAUCUGUGCAUUGCUCGCGGCCACCUUUGGCUCGGGAUGGCCAAGCCUGGUCCAGCGGCCGACGUCAGCAGCUGCUCUCAGUUGCUCAAUGAGCAGUACCUGCCGGGGGGGUACAGAGGCGAGAUCAGUGAGAGCGGGUAUGGGAGGCUGGCUGCUCAGCGUGACUUCACAGCGAGCGAGAUUGAGAUAUGGCACAUCAAACAGGUGAGGGCGGGGAGGGCACACAAGACGCCACUCAUGGCUGCAUAUUGAUCACAUCAUACUUGCCUGCGUGUGUGCAGGCGGGCAGUGGCUGAGUCGGCCGUACGGCACCACAUCAACACAGCAGACACACAGGUGAGAGGUUAGGCAGCAUCACCGCUCUCUACCUGCCGUCUACUCUGUGUCGUCACUGCUUCGUGUCUGCAGUUGAUGCGUUUGCGACAGUCCGGCAGGAGCACGAGCCGGUGUAGCGAGACGGCGUGUGUGUGUGAAUCGGUGUGCAUGUGGAUGUGACCAUGAUACAUGUGUGUGGGUGCGUGGCUUUAUGACUGAUGAUUGCAUUUAUCAACCCGUGCACAAUUAA